GCCGAGGUGAGAGUGAUCAGUGUGAAAGUGAACCGGUCUAGGACAAAAGACCAGCUUGGAUAAAACAACCUUAUUAGUGGUUUCCAUUCUUGGGAUAUUCACAUAAAUAUGCUAAAAAAACUGGACAAUACAAACUAUGAACUGAAACAUCAUGAAAAUCAGUUCUAACUAAACAUUGGGCGGCGUCUUUAUCUUCUUCUCACACUAUGGAUUAUUACAUCUGGUUAUUUGCAUGUCUAUCAUGGUCGUUCCUAAAGCAAAGUCACUUCAUGAAAGAGUCUUGUUUUAAUGGCACUCUUCUGAUGAAUGUAAUUUUAUUGGAUGACGACGUGUCGCCCUGGAGUAUCAAUUUUGUGAAGCCUGCGGUGAUGAGGGCUAUUGAAUCUGAUUCUUCGAUCAACUCAAAAGAUGGUGUGGAUUUAGCAGUGAAAUUCAGAGGAUUUCAAACCAUUUACUACCAAAAAAAAGGCUGUACCAGUAGCGCCUGCGAGGGAGUUGAAAUUUUAAAUGAUCUCGCGUCUGCAGGGGAGGAGGGAUGUGCUCUACUGGGACCAACCUGCACUUAUGCCACUUUCCAAAUGGUUGAUUUGGAGAUCGGUUUGAACCUCAACAUGCCCAUCAUAUCAGCAGGAAGCUUUGGAUUGUCUUGUGACUUUAAGAGAGAUCUGACUCGCAUUCUGCCUCCAGCGAGAAAAGUCUCCAGCUUCUUCUCUUACUUUUGGAGUUUCGAAGAUCCUAUCAAGCCUAAAUGGGAAACAGCGUAUUUAUACAAGAAACUGAAUUUCACAGAGGACUGUUUCUGGUAUAUAAAUGCUCUUGAAGUGGGUUUAGGCAACUUUUCCACCACGUCAACAAAAAUAGUGGUUCUACGAAGAGAGGACGAGCUCAGUAAAGCUCUAGCCAACCAUGACCGGGAGAGCAAUCUGUUCAUUUUUUGUGGGACACCUGAUGACAUCAUGGAUCUGAAGAAUGGCACUAUGUUUGAUAAGGAAACUGCUUUUUUUCUGAUUGACCUUUACAACGACAGAUAUUAUAAUGGGUCAUCUAACGAUGCUAUGAAGAAUGUCCUGGUGUUAACAAUGCCCAACACAAGACAAUACACCAUUGACACUUCUGGUAACAACAGGAUGAAUGAUUAUAUUGCAGCAUAUCAUGAUGCAGUGCUGCUGUUCAGACAGGUGAUGAUGAACAUCUGGAACACAGCCUUCUCAGAUAUUCAGGAUAUAGAGUCUGUCAGCAUGAACUACUUCAGAAACAUUUCUUUCAAAGGCAUAGCAGGAGAAUAUCAGCUGGAUGAAUAUGGUGACAGGGAUGUGAUAUUUUCUUUGAUCUACACUAACGAUGACAAUGAGUAUAAGAUUCUUUAUGAGUUCAACACUUCCACCAACCACACACAGCUAAUAGACAGCAAACCUUCCUUCAUUUGGCCUCAGCUCAGACUGCCUGCAGACCGUCGAUUAAUAGAUACAAGAGGCCUUCAAUUCAACACCAUUGUCAUAGUUUUGUGCACUGCUGUUGUGGGUGUCAUGGGUACACUUGCCUUCAUUUUUUACUGGCAAAAUAGAUAUUACCAUAAUAUGCGGAAAAAAUGGUCUCACAUUUCCUCAGAGCUCAUUACCCCUUUAGAGUUGAAUGAGUGGAAUAUGAUCUGUCUGAAGAUUGAGGAAGACUCUACACAAAAUAGCAGCUACAUCCUACGCCGUGCACGCUAUGAUAAAAAGAUUGUUAUCCUUAAGGAGCUAAGGCUCACAGAUGGAAGCUUCACUGAAAAACAGAGGAUAGAGCUCAAUGCGCUCUUGAACAUUGAUUAUUACAAUCUUACCAAAUUCUAUGGGACAGUCAAAUUUGACAAUGAGUAUUUUGGUGUGUUUGAAUAUGGAGAAAGAGGAUCACUUAAACAUGUGCUUAAUGAUAAGAUUUCAUACCCAGAAGAAACAUUCAUGGACUGGCAGUUUAAGAUCUCUGUCAUGUAUGACAUUGCAAAGGGCAUGUCUUAUCUCCACGCAAGCAACAUUGCAGUCCAUGGACGUCUUAAAUCCACUAACUGUGUGGUUGACAACCGCAUGGUUGUGAAGAUUGCAGACUUCGGCUUCAAUACGAUUCUCAGUCCCAGUAAAGAUCUGUGGACGGCUCCUGAACACCUGAGGAAGCAGGGGAUCUCCCAGAAAGGAGAUGUGUACAGUUUCGCCAUCAUUUCCCAGGAGAUCAUGAUGAGGAAGUGCACAUUCUACUCAAGGGCCUGCUCUAAUCGUGCUGAGAAGCUAGCCAGAGUGCAAUACCCUAGUACAAACUCUUUCUUCAGACCGGAUCUAAACUUUGAGAACACCAGUGAAAGAGAACAAGAGGUGUGCAUGCUGAUCAGAAAUUGUUGGGACGAGGACCCAGACAGAAGACCAGACUUCAAAAAGAUAGAAAUCACUCUAUGGAAGAUUGUCAGUCUGGACAACCAGGAACAUGAGAGCUACAUGGAGAAUCUGAUCCGCCGGCUGCAGAUGUAUUCCCGUAACCUGGAGCGGUUGGUUGAGGAACGCACAGCUCUGUACAAGGCUGAGAGAGACAGAGCGGACCGCCUAAACUUCAUGCUUCUGCCUGGACCAGUUGUGCGCUCUCUGAAGGAAACGGGAAAAGUGGAGCCUGAGCUCUUUGACGAAGUCACCAUCUACUUCAGUGAUAUUGUGGGAUUCACCACACUGUGCCACUUCAGCACACCUAUGGAGGUGGUGGACAUGCUCAAUGACAUUUACAAAAACUUCGACAGCAUCCUUGACAAUCACGAUGUCUAUAAGGUAGAGACGAUUGGUGAUGCAUACAUGGUGGUGUCUGGUCUUCCUCGACGCAAUGGGAACAGGCAUGCAAUGGAUAUCUGCUUCAUGGCACUGGACAUCUUGGCCUUCAUGGGCACAUUCCAGUUGCGCCAUCUCCCUGGGGUGCCCGUAUGGAUUCGCAUUGGUGUGCAUUCAGGGCCCUGUGCUGCUGGUGUAGUGGGAAUUAAGAUGCCCAGAUACUGCCUGUUUGGAGACACUGUGAACACGGCAUCUCGUAUGGAGUCCACAGGUCUUCCACUACGAAUCCAUGUGAGUCAGUCGACUAUCAACAUUCUCCAGCGCACAGACUGCAAGUUUGAGUAUGAAAAGAGAGGAGAAACUUACUUAAAGGGUAAAGGAAAAGAGACAACAUACUGGUUGACGGGAGUUACAGGGAAAAAUUAUAAUCUGCCAACGCCUCCAACAGCGGAAAACUUCCAGAGUCUGCAGCAGGACCUCUAUGAAAUGAUAAAGGUGUGCCUGGAGAAGAGGCCCUGCAGCUUGUGGAAGAGAAAAACCCUGUCAGCACGUCACAGGAAGCCCAUGGUGGAAUUGGAGUGCACAGAACUGCCAGAGUAUCUCCACCUGGCCACAGGUGACAGUCUAAGCACAAACCUGUAACCCCAACCCUGAACAUGACACUAGCACAGCAACUGGACCAAAAGCCUGAUGAAAUCACUGCAAAAUGUAAAUACUGUGUAUUAUUUUUCAAAAAGCAUGUAUACUUAGUGUUAUUGCAUUAUCUAACAUAGUUGUUAAGUGUUGUAGAUCUCAGCUUAGGUUUUAGCAUGAGAGUGUAACAAUAUUUUACAGGACAGAUAUUUAAUUUUCAGCUAAACAAUAAUAUAAUAAACUCCACACACAUUUGAAAAAGAAACAAAACUUUAUUUCAAUUACUUUGAUAACUAUUUACACAAUAAUGCUGCUUGGACAUCUACAGUAAUUCAUGAUUGUUUUCUGCGCUAAAAGAUAUUCUCUUGGUUGAAGAGACUAAUUCAAUUAACCCAAUAUUCUUUGGCAUACAUACACGACUAAGGGUCUGUGCCCAGUUUCAACAAAACCUGUCAAGUAGAGAAAACCAUUAAUAAUUAUUACUUAACAUCUUCUUAACUUGAGGAGUUUUUUUUUCAACAGGCUGUGAAUCAACGCUAUUUGAUUAUGCAAUAUGUAAUAAUUAAAGUACAUAAUUAUACAUAAAAAAACUAAAUAAAUAACAACAAAAUUAAAUUUUACCUUUCACACCAUGAAAACAAAGCCACAACCCAUAUUUUAUAAAUAAAUUAUAUGUAAGAGCUCAGUGGAAGUGUGGUAUUCAAACUGCUUAUAAUGUAGAUAUGAAUUCAAGAAAUUGUCAAGAAAUGUUACACAAAUGUAACAAAAAUAUAAUGUGUACAGACUAAAAAUCAACGUAAACCAAAACAUUACCUGUGCCCUGACAAGUAAUCUGACAUUUAAUAGAAUAAAUUAAAUACAGAUGGAUGGCACAGUAUGAUUAUAAAAAAUACAAGGCCAUACAAAAAUGAGGCAAAUAACAAAUAAAAGAUCAAAGUUGAAAACUAAAACAUACUUCUGAAAUUCAAAGCAGUGAGAAGAUUUGUUUAACACACCAGUACAAAGUUUAAAGAGAUUAUUAUACUGUACUGAACUGACAUGCUAAUAUGAUAUGUGUCGCAUUAAAACUUCUGCUGCUUCUACAUCAGUUGCAUCUACACACGUCGAUGGAAUUUAUUUCAUAUAAUUCACUAUUCUCUGUCUAGACACAAGGACUGUUAUUAUGCUCACAGUUUUAGAACAUAGCAGCAGCCAAUGGAGACAGAAUAAGAAUCGAUUGACCCAGUAACACACUGAGCUACAAAACGGUUUACAAAUGCCUCUUUCCUCUGUAUAAAUGUAAUAAUAAUAAUAGGUCAUGUUGCUAUAACAAACCAAUUGAAUGUUUGUUUACACAAGAAAAAAAACAAAACAAUUUCAAGUCAAGUUUCGACUGAUAAUGCUGUCAUCAAACAUGAACUCAUCUAAAUAUACAGUGGCCCCAAAAAAAUAUCUGAACACUUAAGUCACAUUUAAAAAUAUUUUUAAAAUGGUUUCACUGCAUUAAGCAGAGAAUAUGUGGCAUCUCCAAACAUAUGAAAAAUGAAAUUGAAUCUCUGAAACUGGUUGUGGAUGUAAUAUGAAUGUAUCCAAGUGUUCAAUCAGAAUGACCACAAAAACCUAUCAGACAUUUUCCUGUCAAAUGUUUUGCUUGAAAAGUGUGCUUUAAAAUAAAAGCCACUUGGUUUGCUAUUCUGUCAUAUAAUGCAAUGGCAUUUAUGCUCUGUUAACAUGGCUUAAGCAUCCAAAUGUGUUUAGGGGCACCUUAUCCAUUCAAAUUUGUGCAAAACUACAGCAUAUUUAAUAAACAAGCUUAGAGCAUGCAAAUCAGCCCACCGCACACACACAAAUCCCAAUGUGAAUUUGCACGGCUCUAGGCUAAAGAGAGCAAAAGGUGCUCGAUAAUUUGUUGAAUUGAGGCGUGUUGUUUGGAACGAUUUUGAUUGCCAGGCUAGUUCCUUUAAAAUAAAUCUAUCCUUCACACAAACACAUUAAA